AUGGAUCCCAAGAUUGUGGACGCAGGCGCCUCACAGAAGCAGACUGGGCCCGGGGGCUCUGCAGCCGGACCGCCGCAUUGGCACAAGGGCUUGAAGCCCUCCGGUUGUGGGGAGAUUGAUCAGCCUCCCGACCGGAAACGCUGCAAGGCGGUGAAGCGCCACGCCUGCUACGGGCAUCACUCCUGGGAGGACAUUUCGACGCUUCAUGCGAUUGAUACGGAAGCUGACGCCGAGCGCUGUGAUCUGCCAGAUUUGGGCGCUUCGCUGGUGCCGGAUCCGCCGCCUGAAGGGCCCGUACUCGCCGACGACCGCGAAGAGCGCGAUCAGGACGAGCAGACGUACAUGAACUACCAAAUCGAAGCUCACGAAGCUGAGUUCUGGUUUCACCAAAAUGUGGCCGUCUACGUGUUAAACCUGCCAACUGCAGCUGACCGGUGGUCACGAAUCUCCAGGAAGCUGGAGGACCUUCACAUUAGUGCAGACCGCGUUCCGGGGAUCGACCUCUCCGAGCCAGGAGCCAUCCAGCAGGCGCAGGAGGAGGGCCUGGUGCCCCGCCUGUGGAACUUCUCCGCUGCAAAGCAGAACAUGGUAAGGCUUCUGAAGAACAGCAGCGAGACUACCGCGAGGAGGUACCUAGACAACUAUGGACGGGGGACAAUUGGGUGCGCAGCUGCUCAUCUGCGGGCCAUGUGGCAGGCAACGAGCAAUGCCCACCGCCUGGAGAAGCCGGUGGUCCUCAUCCUCGAAGAUGAUGUGACCUUGGAGGACGACUUCAUGCUGAAGCUGCGCCGUUUGCUGCGUCACGAGGCCCCAUGCGACUGGGAGGUGAUCUCCCUUCGGUCGCAAUGCCCCUAUGGCGUCUGCGUUUCCCCGCACCUCACCCGGGUGCAGCCAGACGCCAACGAGCCGGAGGAGAUGUGCAGGCACGGAGUGAACUAUGGCUUCUAUGCUAUGCUCUACCGUGUUGACUCGCUGAUCUCCAUCGCGAACAAGCUGCACCAGCGCAUUUGGGAUGAAACUAGGCCUGGAUGCUUGGCCAACGACGUGGCUUUGGCAUCGCUUGCGGAGGAGGUGGUCUACUAUGCCGUGCCCUCGUCGCAGGUGCCUGGCUUCGUGGGCCACGGGGAUGGCUUUGGCUCGGUCCGGGGCGAGCUCAACCGGAAAGGUGAGUCACCCUGGCUGGAUUUGGUCUUGCAGAACAAGCACGACCAAUCUGAUCCUGAGAAGUCACGGAAAGAAAUGCUGUUGAGCGCGUGGAAGGCUCCGUGUGGUCAUGAGGAUAGAACUUGCUGA